AUGGGUUUCGACGACCUGAUGUUGAAGCUCGACGAGGCCGUUACUGGGCUCCUUGGACAGUGGGAUGCUACCUCAACGGCUAUUGUAGGAGCACUCAUCGCUUUCGUUGCCUACCAAAUCAUCACCACCCGCGAUCCAGAUGCGCAUCCUAUGCUCCUGGCCCGCCAAGCACAAGCAUCACCCGUCCGAAAAGAAGGAGAGUCUGCCGUUUUCCGAUCCCACUCAGCUCCUCACGGCAUGCCCUUGAACUCCGGCCUUAAUGUGAAGGACCCCGGUGACUCCAAAUGGAGCCGCGGAAGAGAUGGGGAUCUUCGAGAUAUAUGGCGCAUAGUCAUGGCCGGCCGUCGAGACAAAGAUGGGGUUGCGACGGGAGAAACGGGUGAUCUCUUAACAGUCCUAGGAUCCGAACAGAUUAUCAAGCAUAAUCUUGUAGCCGAUGUGACGCGACAAAUAAACCUGAUCGGCCAACAUAUCAAACAAAAUGGUGGAAAGAACGUUGCCAUCUAUCUCCCAAAUUCGAUCGAAUUUCUUGCCGCUUUAUUUGCUUGUUCUUUCUACGAUUUGACCGCCAUAUUAGUACCAUACCACCAAGACGACCCAGUAGACAAGCUCAUUUCCCUUCUUCAAAAAUCUGGAGCGGAUACCGUAAUAGCUGCGGUGGGAUCAUUCCCAUUUGAUGUUAUCAGCAAAAGCUACCCAGCUCUCAAGCAACUCAUCUGGGUCGUGGAUGAGGGUAGCAAGCACAUGGAUUGGAAUGAAGUGCCCAAGGGAACUGGCGGUCCAGUUAAUGUCUCAACAUGGCAAGAUAUUAUUCAAGAUGCUGCAACAACUGCGGGGUCAGAUCUUCCACUGGUAGAUCGCACAAGCGAGGCAAAGAACGUCGUUGCCUUCUGGCCUACGGGAGAAAUGGUGGAGUACACAAAUGCCAACAUUAUUGCUGGUGUUGCUGGGCAGCUUACAUCCAUACCGACAACGCAGCGUAUAACCCCCGAAGACCUUUUCCUACCAAUCGACUCUUUAUCAACCAUGUACCCGCUCGUAUUAACACUCUCUGCCCUGUACUCAAACGCUUCUGUGGCUUUGAACUCCGUGGCCAGUUUUAGUCCUGACAUCGUCUUGGCAACCCAAGGAAUUGCCCCCACAGUCAUUGUGGCAUCAGCAGAAACGCUCGCAAAGACUCAUUCAGAGACCGCAGCGAAGAUGAACUCCUCUCUAUACCAGGCUGUUCACUGGUUCCAAACUCGAGCUCUCGUUCAGCAAGGGGUCAUGCCAAUUGCAACAGUUUUCUCACGCAUGUUUGAUUCUCUUCGCCCCAUAAUUGGAACCACGCCAGGAAAACUUCGCCUAAUUUUCGUAUCAGAACCAGUCGGCGCCCCAUCAACACCUUUAAGCGCCGAGACCUUGUCUGAUUUGCGUAUUUAUACGGGUGCUAGAACCAUCUACUCUCUCACAUCUGCUAAGGUUGCAGGUGCCGUCACUCAGACUGGGCUUUAUGACUACAGAGUUGAUGAAGGGACGGAUAAGUACUCACACUUCGGAGCUCCCGUAACAAGUGUCGAGAUAUUCUUCAAAGACAAGACACACAAAACCACAGAUGCAAAUGCUGCAGGAGAGGCAAGAGUAUCCCCUCUAUCUAUUUACGCACGCGGUCCCGCCGUUGUGGGAGGAGAAGCAUCUCUGGGAGUUGAAGGCAAGACAAAGGCUGAUUGCACCCUCGCUUUGGUUUAA